AUGACCCAAGCAGUAGACAGAAUCCAUGUCCAAACCAAAACUGCUGAUAUGAAUCAGACUGCAGCAGCCGCCUUCGAUGGAAGUCCCGGGUCGCCCAAUGCUUCAGGUGCCAUCAGGGGUGGCAAUAAUGACGAGGGCCAGGAGGAUCCACGUGCAUCGGCUACCAAGAAGCGUUAUUUCGCAUACUUCCGUACCAGAGGGUUCUAUAUCGUGCUUGUUCUCGGCCAAAUCCUCGCCCUAUGCAUCACCUCCACAAACACCUUCUCCCAACUCCUCUCCAACACAGGCACCUCAAUCCCCGCCCUCCAAUCCCUCUUCAACUACAUCCUGCUCAACCUCGUCUUCACGACCUACACAAUCAACCGCUACGGCUUCCCCCGCUGGCUCCGCACCAUAAAAGCAGACGGCUGGAAAUACAUCGUCCUCGCCUUCUGCGACGUCGAGGGUAACUACUUCAUCGUCCUCGCCUACAAAUACACCACCCUCCUCAGCGCCCAACUCAUCAACUUCUGGGCCAUCGUUAUCGUCGUCACUAUCUCCUUCAUAUUCCUCCGCGUGCGCUACCAGUGGGCCCAAGUCAUCGGCAUCCUCGUCGCCAUCGGGGGAAUGGGCGUGCUUUUCGGCUCAGACCAUCUCACUGGCAGCGGCAGCGGUGGUGGUGGUGGCGGCAACGGCCCGUCUUCCAGCAGCCAGAUAAAAGGUGACCUCUUCGCCCUGCUAGGCGCCACCUUCUACGGCCUCACGAAUGUUGCGGAGGAAUAUCUCGUCAGCAAGCGGCCCAUGUACGAAGUCCUCGGCCAACUGGGAUUCUACGGCAUGGUCAUCAUCGGCGUGCAAGCCGCCAUUUUCGACCGGGACUCCUUCGCUAAUGCCACCUGGAACGCCAAAGUGGGUGGAUAUUUCACCGGCUACACGCUGUGUCUGUUCAUCUUCUACACACUGGCGCCGCUGCUGUUCCGUCUGGCAUCCGCGGCGUUUUUCAAUAUCAGUCUGCUCACGGCGAAUUUCUGGGGUGUUAUUAUUGGGAUUAAGGUUUUUGGGUUUUCAGUUCAUUGGAUGUAUCCGAUUGCGUUUGUGUGUAUUAUGCUGGGGCAAGGGAUUUACUAUUUGGCUAUGCAGGAUCUGGGCGAGGCGAAGAAGCCUUGGUUGGGCGUUAAUCAGGAGAAAGGUGUUAGUGGGGUCGGGACGGCGAAGAGGAAGAUUUCCGCUAGGGUUGGGGCUGAGGUUGGGACGGGGAAUGGGAAUGGGAAUGGGAGUGAUAGCGCUGUUUAA